AUGCACUUAGAUCACAAGCUCCCCUGGAAUACAGUGUCAGCGCACUUUGCUUUCAUAAAGGACAACCAAGACAUACGCAGAAACGAUUUCGUCAUCCAUGAUCGCUUAGCUGAUCGUCAAUCCGCCGAGUUCAAGCACUUCACGCAGACUCUUAUUUCCACCAUUGAGGAGUUUUCAACCACUGAACGAGCCAAAUAUCCACAUCCUGCCGCCCUACCGAAAUCCGGCCCCCUAUAUGACUCGUCUAUUCUACCCUCCAUCGAAGAGAAGUAUCACCUUGGACCACACGCUACCAACUCCGCGGUAUCAAAUCCACUGUGUGAGGAGUUUCAGGAUGUCGACUACUGGAUCAGCCGAGCCCCCUAUAGCACGGCCACUGCGCACCUUGCCGAUGCAGUGAAGAUGCUCAUUAUCUCGAAUGAGAUGCUCGCUCUGUUACGUCUAGCAAACCACGAGAAAAUCCCACUAAUGGAUCUAAACCAUCUUAGCUGGGGUCACAGCUUCGGUGUCACGCAUGUUGCUGACGUGGCUCUGGAGAUUUACAUGUUGCUGAAUAUCGCUGCUUCUGUCAAAGCUAAUGCAAAACCAGGAUCUGCGAAUGAAACUGGUUGUCUGACGGAGACGCGGCGGUUCCGAAGUUUUGCUAGUUGGGGAUUGGGUGAUUUCGAUUUUCCAGCUCAAAAUAUACCACAUCGGUUGUUUUGGAAUGCAAAGGGCAUUACUGACGGACUUGAGUUCUCAACGUGGGACCCCUUGCGCCUUGGGAGUGACGAUGAGAGGAGGGAGAUGAAGGAGUACUUGAAGAUGUGCUUUGAGCUGUUGUAUCGAUACGAUCUUUUGAUGAAGGAGAUGGGCGGGGAUCCUGAGUGGAAGAAGAAGAUCCUAGGUAUACUACAUACAUGGGGUGCAAGGUGUAUUACCUUAGGCGAGACAGGGUUCUGCUUCAUUUGA